AUGUCGAGCAAUUUACCCGAUUUCGAUCCUUAUACCGUGUUGGGAGUCGACAAGAAUGCUCCCAAUUCAGCAAUCAAGACCGCUUACCGCAAGCUCGUCCUGAAAUGUCACCCAGAUAAGGUCCAAGAUGAGAGUCUGCGUGAAAAGGCUGUUAAUGAUUUUCAAAAGCUUCAAGAGUCCUAUGAGAUACUGAGCGAUGACACGCGCCGACAGAUUUACGAUCAGGAGGUCUAUUUGAACGCCUUGAGAAAGGAAUCUGCAGCACAGAAAGCCUAUGCAAGCAGAGAAUACCGCGAUGGACGUAUGUACGAAGAGCGAGUACCAGCCGACGCUGGCUUUUUCACGAGUAGUGACGACAUGUUCUACUCCGAGGAGCCGGUGUCUUAUUCUCAAAAAUACUACGACAGUGCCAAGCGCCCGCAUACCAAGGCAUCUGAAGAGAGGAAAAAGGCGAAAUCCAUGCCCGUGUACACCUAUAGCACGACAAAGGCAGCAAAGCAAAGUGACCGAGAUUAUGCCAAAGCCGCCCACAACGAUCGUGCAAAGACACGCACCAAGGAACGCCGCCAGGAAUUCUCGGACAAGUACGAACGAUACGCUACACAUGUGUCAGAUAGCGACGACGAACCCGGAACGGUUCGUUAUACAGCCAAAGUGGAAGUUGAGACGAGAUAUCCUUCGCACCGUGAAUCUGUUCCACCACGUCGCAGCAAGACAGAAACGGCUUACACAACGACGACUUCUCAUCGUAGGCAUGACUCGCCUGACGGUUCCGAUUCGGAGCAUAGUUAUGAUUACGAUGAAUUUGAUAAGGAAUACUCCAAAUUAGAUGGUCAACAAGCGUGGGCUAAGGAGUACAUUGGCCGUAAGAAGGAUCCCGUCAUACGAUCCCAUUCAUCUCGACACGCAGAAGCUGAAGAACGGGAGCGUCGUCAUUCAGAGACUCCUCGAUACUCAACUCGUUCUUCCCAUAAUUACAAGGAAGUCCAUGUCGAGCCUUCGUCGCCCCGCACUUCUCGAAGAUCUCAUGAACGGUUGGAUUCUCCGGACCGCAGUUAUGAUUAUGAACGAGACCGGGAACGAGACCGAGACCGAGACCGAGACCGAGACCGAGAACGACGAGAAAGGCAAGAACGACGAGAACAACGAGAGCGUGACAUCAUCGAACGUGAACGCGAACUCGAACGGAGAGAGCGUGAGCUUGAACGCGGACGAACUGUUCCUAGUCUGUCAACUGCCGCAUCUCAAAAGGUCUCAAGUCGAGCUCCCCCUACAAUGACUCGCUCUGCUACUGCACCAUAUCCUCCUCGCAGCAGUCGACGGGAGGGUUCGAGCCGAUCAGAGUCCAAGGGCGCUUUUUCGGGACUAGUCAACAUGGUAUCUAGUUUGACAACAGACGCUAAGGUCUCCGCAUCUCGGCCCUCCAAUGCACGUGCUACCUCGCGAGCAAGAGGCGUUUCCCGCACGCGAGUUACCGAGAGACAUGACUCUGGUUAUUCCAGUGGACCUAGCACUCCGGAAAUGCCUCAAGGGGCAUCCGCGAAGAUCAAACAGUACAAAUAUGUCGAUGCGGCCGACAGAUCCAGAGAAACCAUUGUCGUGGAACCGGAUCGCUACUCACCACCUCCGCCUCCAUCGUCGUCAAAAUCUGAACGAACCAGAGACCGCUCAGCAGCACCCAGUGCGGCCAGCCGCCGUAUCUUCAAAGUCUACAUCGAAGUCAACUUCAAAGUCUUCAAAGUCUUCAUCAACCAGUCGGCACCUUUUCGGCGAGGUCCGACAGUCCCCUGA